AUGUCGCCAGACACUGGAGACACCCGGCGACGGACGUGCGAAGCCUGCGAGCUCGAAAAGUCGCCCGUAUGGGACUGCUCAUAUUGCGGCAUGCGCUUCUGUGAUGACUGCUGGGUCAGGCAGGCGCAGCACAAGGCAGGUCGUACUGGUCCAGAUGGCCUUCCGCAUGAAAAGGCAAACCCUGCAAUUGUCAAGAGGCUACAAAACAUUUUGGCUCCUCCUCAAGAGCACAGCGAACAACAAAUGCUACAUGUUGAGGAUGAAGAUACGACAUGGUUUGGAAUGGUGCGUACCAGUCAAAAUUCGACCGCAUUCCAGGACCAUGGUCGUUAUUCUGCCAUCAUGGCGGACAGCAACUCUGGCGAGUUCAAAUCCCGGUACCCACGAUUAGUAUCCUUCAUCGGUCAAACUGGAGCAGGCAAGAGCACGCUUAUCAAGAUGCUCAUUGAUCAGCAGGAACGCAUGGAUGAGCAACGGAAUUGGAUUCUCCCUUCGCCCGUCGCAGGAACGUCAGCGAACAGUAACGUACCCACUUCUGGCGACGUGCACUUGUACAGUGAUCCGGGAACGUACAGCGACGAGUAUCCGUUGCUCUAUGCCGAUUGUGAAGGCCUAGAAGGAGGCGAGAAUGCACCAAUGGCUGCACAAUAUCGAGAUCGCGCAACAGCACCACAGAGAGAGGAAGAGAGAAGUAUUAUCGCAUCAGGGGAACAUCGCAGACGCCGCAAAGCCACAAAAAGCUUCCACGUCACCCAGAGAGAAAUAAAGUGGGCGAAUUCCCCCGAAAAGUUGAAGCGCCAGUACGCUGUCACGGAACUCUACCCUCGUCUCCUGUACACAUUCUCGGACGUGAUUGUUUUUGUUCUACGCAACGCAAAGUAA